AUCUCUGUGUUCCUUGGAUCAGUUGAGGGCAGCAAUGGCCGCUCGUGUUAGCGGGCUCGCGGUGGGCUUCCUCUGCCUGCUUGCAAUGUUGUCGCCGUCCGCGCAGCAAUCCCCGCCCCCAGACUCCCCAGAUUUAAAGUCGUCAAUAGACACAGACACCCCACCUCUCCCUGACAUACGCCCGCCCCCGAGCUCCCCGCGCGGCUACGAGUUGGACGUGCCCCCCAGGAACGUCACGUGCAAGGAUACCGACGGUAAGCGGCCGGGGUGCACGGGAACUUGCCCUCGCCGCUGCCCCCAGUGCAUCGUCCUCUGCCCCGACUGCAAGACACUAUGCCAUGACGAGGUACAGAUGCCAAGGCCCGUGCCGCCACCUGCCAUGUUGGUGUUCGGAGAUGGGCAGUUCGACAACGGUAACAACGGAUACUUGGAGCCCCCUAACUACCCCUACUCUGGCACCGGCAGGCUCAGCAACGGGGCCAACCUUGCCGAUGCCAUUGCAUAUACUAUCGGAUUCCCGCAAAGUCCUCUACCCUUCAUGUCGUUGCGCGGCCGGAUCAGCAUGUGGGGCGCCAACUACGCUUCCAUGGGUGCUGGGAUUCGGAACUCCACGAACGGAGAGCGGAGCAUCCCUCUCUCGCAGCAGCUGGAGGACUUCAGGACGACGAGGGCCCUUAUGGGGAUAAUGCUAGGGGGCGAAGCCAAGCUGCGCGCGUACCUGUCCAAGUCCAUCUUCCUCCUCGGCAUCGGCAGUCAGGACCUCGACCCAAGAUGGAACAUACACCUCGCAAAUUCGACCGAGAUCCAGAGCCUCGUUGCCCUAUACGGGGAGGCCGUCACGUCCCUCUACGACAUGGGCGCUAGGAAGCUGGCCAUCGUCAACGUUGGGCUCAUCGGCUGUGCGCCCCAGAUCUUCGACUACAGGUACGGUUGCGACCAGAGCCUGAACGACCGCGCCGCCGCGUUCAACGCCGCCCUCAAGCCCCUCAUGGCUGGCCUUGCGUCAAAGAAGAAGGGCCUUUUCUAUUCCAUCGGCGACUUUCAUAGCUUCACCACCACCGUCUUCGCCGACCCGUCAGCUUAUUGGAUGAUGAACAUCCAGGACUCGUGUAGCUUCAAGGACCACCCAGAGAGGACGUGCUCUCCCCAGGAAGAGUACUGGUUCUGGGAUUCAGAGUUCAUGACGGAUCAGGCAUGUAGGCUGACGGCCACUGCAUUUUACUAUGGACCGCCUCAGUUUACCGCCCCAAUGACCUUCAAGGCACUGCUGGAGAAAUAA